AGAUGUGGGGCUGCAAGUGGAAGCUACUUGACCCUUCCCAGACCAUUUCCCCUGUCCACUGCUUCUUCCCCUGCUUACUGCCCCCCUGCCACUGCUUUCCCUGUAGCAGCAGUGGGGGGGCAAAGUUAACCCUCCAAUUAUUCCAACAUUCUAAACUUGGAAAAUUAUAACAAACUUACACAUUUUUUCAUGUAUAGAAUGUAAUAGUUGGGCAGUUCAUCUUCAAUUCAAGGUCAUCUUGGAUUUGGGUGAAGAGAGUAGUUGGUUUUAAAUGUGAAUAGUUACUGAGGAAUAUACACUAAUGCAGAUAUUGGGUUUGAUAUCCAGUGUGAAGUCUGGCUAGCCAAAAUGAUGAGUGAACUACCAUAUUUACCUGAAUCCAAGAAAACUUUGAAAAUAAGACAACCCCCCAAUUAUUAGUUUCUAGACAUGGAAAAUUAUACAUCUGUUGUUAUUUUGGAGGUUUGUCUUAAACUAAUGCCCCCAACUGUUGUGCCAGAGAAAGCAGUGGGUCUGAUCACCUUUAAUUCAGGUUAAGAAAUUGCAAAGCUCUUUCUUGAAGGAAAAAUAGCUUAAAAAAAAAAAUGUGAAUGACCACCAAAAACGGGUCACACAUAAGGCCUGGUAACAAUAGAGUUGUGUGAAUGGAGAUUGUUAGGGGCUGAAUGUGGGAAGCUCAAUUUUGUUUGGUUUUCUGUCUCUCUGGGUAGAAGCAGGCAAUAAGAACACAAACAGAUACAGAGAGAAAUUAAGGAAAAAGCAAGAAGAGUACUCUUAGCACGUCUCUGAAAGAAAGUCAGAAGAGAACGUGCGAAGUUUUGAGUGGAAAAAAAUUGGAAUCGUUGACAAAAGAAACAACCUUCUGUUGUUUGUUUGACUCCUGCGGUGUUCAGGGAAAUGGGACUCUUUACAUGCACAGUUUUGAAAGUAUUUUAGAAGGGCUUUAUGGACCAAGGCUACGAAGAGACCUCAGUUUAUUUGAAGACUGUGAGCCAGAAGAGUUGACUGACUGGUCUAUGGAUGAGAAAUGUUCCUUUUGUAACUUACACAAAGAAACAGUCAGUGAUCGUACACCAAUUAUUGGUUCUUCACAGUCAACACCUACAGAGGAACUGUCAUCUCAGGGCCAGUCCAACACUGAUAAGAUUGAAUGCCAAGCAGAAAAUUAUCUAAAUGCACUCUUUCGAAAGAAAGAUCUUCCUCAGAACUGUGAUCCUAACAUUCCCCUAGUUGCUCAGGAAUUAAUGAAAAAGAUGAUCCGUCAGUUUGCAAUUGAAUAUAUUUCAAAAAGUAGCAAAAUUCAAGAAAAUAGAAAUGGUUCAUCAUUUGAACCAGGUCUGAUAUGUAAAAGUAUCCAAAUGAACCAAACGGAAAACUCCCUUCAGGAAGAACAGGAUAGCCCUCUAGACCUCACUGUGAAUCGAACUCAAGAACAGAAUACUCAGCAAGGGGAUGGAGUGCUAGAUCUCUCUACAAAGAGAAGCGCAAGGUUGGAAGAGUCAAAAUAUGAUCCAUCGUGUUCUGAAAAUUCAGUGUCUGGUUCAAGUUCAACAGCUGGUGCAAAAUCAGAGGAAACAACUAAAUUGGAAAAAGAAAAAUCAGCACUAAACAAGGUUUUGGAGUCUUUGUGCUCAUAUCACUGGCAACAGAUUUUGGCUAUGUUGAAAUUUUUAAUCCAAGAUCAAAAUGUUCCUUCACUUUGCAUUUGCAAGGAACCAUAUAUCCACUCAGAAACUCAGAAACCCUUCAGCGAAGAGGAUGUGCAUGUUUCAUUUUGCAGUUGCGAUGGACAUAUGCUGACAAAAAGGUGCUGUUUACAAAAUCAAAAACCAAACAUUUGUUUACCAUCUCUAUCUGUUUGUAUUAAAGAUUUGCAUUGUUUGUCAUGCCAAGCUGUAGCUAUUGGAUGUAUUAAAACAAUGAAUAAAGGGAUUACCAGCGAUUGUAAUCCAUAUAGGUGCUAUACUGGACAACUGCAGAACUGUAGCAACAAACAUUCUGUGAGAGCAGCAACUUCUUAUUCAACUGAAGAUUGUGAUCUAUCAAACAGCAUUAAAAAUUCUACUAGAUCUCGCAGCCCAUCACCACCUCCAUUAUCACCUGUCCAGAAUCAUGAAUUUGAAACAUUAGAAGGCUCAAUCACAGAUUUUCCAGCCGUAGAUAACAAACAACUUGAAAUAACUAUUAACCAACCUCCAUCCCUCUUGCCAGCUGAAGGAAGCAAUGGAAUGUGUGAUCUUGAAAGUAAAAUGUACAGAAGAGUGCCUGAUCACUCAGACAAAACUUUGCUGUCAGCAGAUCAGGAAAGCAUCAAAUAUGUUAUUAAUUCUGAAAAGUUUGAAAAAGGUGACAAUCCUGCCAUUUUUCAGGAUCUAAUGGAUCGCAUUAAUGAAAAAUUAAAAUCAAUAGAAACUACAGAUAUAACAGCAAAUCUUGUUAAAUUGUCUAACAAUGACAGGACACCAGAAAAUGAUAUAAAAUUGAGAGACUUCAUAACAUCUCUCUUGCAUAAUGCUACAGCAAGUGAUUACAGUUUUAUGGAGUUGCUUAGCCAACACGAUAAACAAGUGAAAAAUAAAAUUAUCCAAACAAGAUUUCGCAAGCGCCAGGAAACUUUAUUUGCAAUGUAUAAUUCUCCCGAUUCACCACUGUUUAGGCGACAAUCUUUGCAAAUCAAGAGGGAACUUGCAAGUUUUGAUGACACAUUUAUGAGGAAAAAAUCAAGUUUGGAGAGAAAUACAAAGAAAUCUACAAAAAAUUAUGAUAAAAUGUCACCAGACAAAGGAGACAAUUAUAACAUGUUAGAAGACAAAGCUUUACAAAAUCAUAAAUAUGAUCCAAGUAUAAAUUGCCAAAUUAAAUCAUUGUCUUUGCCAGCAGAUCAAGCAGAAUCAUUGGAACUACCUCUGAAUAAUUUGAAAAGUAACUCUGGUUUUGUGGCUCUUUCAGAAAACAUCAGUGCUACAACAGCCAAUCAGUCUAAUUUUGCAAAAAUGCAAGGAGACUAUGCAGAAAAAGAGACUGGUCAGAUUUCUUUGAAGCAGGAAUAUAAUGGCAUCUUGAGCAGAACCAAACGUAACAUUGUGCCUCCUGGAUGGUACUCUGUAUAUGUAACAAACAAUAUUUUAUUUAAAAAAUCAUCCAAAGCAAAAAAUUCUCCUGAAACUUUGGAAAGAGUGAAGGUCAUUAAAAAUCUUCAAGCUGAAAGAACUAGUGAUAGUGAUGUAAAUAAAAUUGUGAGGAACACAAAUCUACAGGUUGUUGUGGAACGCUUGGAAGAUACAAUAAACUUAGCCCAAAAGACUAAAAGUCCAUUGUUGGAAACAUAUAAAAUAUCCAGAAACUUGAAAGACAAUACUUAUGAGUAUGAUACGAGCCCAACUGCUAGGAGAGGUCUACAUUUUACCAUGAGUGAAAUAGAAUGUACAGGACAGAGUUUCCUUCCAGAGUCUCAUGUGCCAAGCAGCAAUAAAAGCCAAACAAUUUUUAUGGCAACAGGAGAAUGCAAAGAGGAUGUAGGUGGAGGAUGUGAAGACAACCUCUUUAAAUCUUUACCCUUUGAUUCAGGCAGCUUGACUUCUACUAAUGGAGAUUUAGAAACAAGGUCUGAAACUGGAGAGAGUACAUCUCACCUAGGUUACUCUAGCCCUAUUAAGCUUAUGUUUGUCUCGGAGAUUAAUAGUAGUGAAGGAGUCAAAUAUACUUUAACUUCUGCCAGUACCCCUUCUAAAGCAAAUACUGAACUUAGUUUAUUUGAGAAUCACCCAAAUGCAGUAUCAGAGGAAGAACACAAAACAGGAGAUCUUGAGCCUGAAAUCCGUGUUGAAGAUUGUGGUUGUAAUUGCAAUGAAAGUUUAAAUAAAGAGGAAUCAAAUUGUGAUUAUUCUGGGGCAACUGCAAAUUCCUGUGCAGCGGGUGAAACUGACACAAAAAACUGUAAGCAAAUUGAAGAAACUGUGGAAAAAGCAAGCAGUGGCAAUGAUCCCUCUGUUUUAAAAAGAAAACCUGGCAGGCCUAAAAAAAUAGGUCCUCAAGUUGUAAAACAGGUUAAGAGACCCAUUGGACGACCUCCAAAGCCUAAAAUAGAUAUAGCUGAAAGCACUGAUAAUAGAAAUAAACCCACCAGUAUUGGGAAAAAUACUAAAUCUGAUGUAGCAGUGCUAGAAGAAGUUAAUCAAAACAAAAAUAUUACUGUGACAGUUGUUUAUGGAAGGUCAAGAAGAACUAAAAGGCAUGUUUCUGAAGGAAAUAAUAUAAUUCGUGCUAUGCCUACUCAACAUGCUGAUUCCAAUUUUACAAAUGACUCGAAUGAACUGAAGCAAAAUUUAGAAACUGAAAACAGUUUGGUUGAUAUAGUAAAAUCCUCACGGAUUUCUGCUGAAAAUGAGAUCUUUGGGUCUGUGUAUGAGUAUAUCAGACCGAUCAAGAAUAGCCCAGUAUUACCACACCCUUGCAGCAAUAUCAUACGACCAAAUCAGAAGCCUUUAAACACCAUUAGAAAGCCUGGUAGGCCAGCAAAAGUAAAAAUCUCUGGCAUAUCAGUGACUGUUUAUGGAGUUUCACCUCAGGAAAGAAAAGUGAGUAUUAGCAGCUGCUUGCCUCCUUUACAACAACAAAGCAUGUUAGAAAAAACUAUAUCAGAGGAGAAAAAUAAACAACAGUGCAAUAAGAUGGAUGAAAUGAAGAGGAUACAAAACGACUCUAGGAAGGAUGGUUCAGACAAUGUGAUUGCAACAGUAUCAAGAAAACAUAAAAUUCCUUUGAGGCAUUCUGUUAGAGACAGAAGACCAUCAAUGCCUUUCCUACAUUCAUUAGCGUCUUCUAGUGCAUUUAGUUGUAGAAGUGCCUUGCUCCGUAAAUCGUAUAAGCUCCAUCUGAAAAAAGCUAAAGAUCAAAAAGAAAAACAUAGGCAGUCAGAUCUGAGCACAGUAUCCAAAGGUACCUCAGAAACUAGAAAUUCAGGGAAUGCAAAACAGGGUUCUGAGGAUGGUGAAUUCAGACCCAUUAAUGAAGUUUCAUCAGAUCCCAUUUUUUCAUCAAAUCCUUCUCUCAGGUGGUGGGCUACAUCCACUUCAAAUGAUUCCUUGUUGGAAGAACUAAAUAAUAGAUUUGAACAGAUAACCAAUACCUGGUUGCGAGUGGGGGGAAAUGAGUUUGAAAAAUGUACAUAUGAAAAAAGGGAUCAUGUUGAACAAGACUGUAGCAUUAAAGUGUCAGACUCUUUAGACACCUGUCUGGUAGAACUUGAAGCAUCACCUAUAAAAAUGCUUUUCCAGAAAAAGUGUAAUAUGAAUGAACUCUGUACCUGGUUUAUGCAAACUACAGAAACACAGUCUCUCUCUCUUGUAAGAAAAGCCAAUGCUCGCAAUCCUCUGGAAGUAAUUAGUACUAGAGGGAUAAAGAUGGGAACAAAACAAUCUGAUCUUAAUACUAGCCCUUUCAGAAAGCACUUUAAAAAGUUUGCACUAUCCUCUCCUUCAAAACCAGCAGGGAAACUACAAAUAUUGCAUAAUAUGGUCAGGUCUCCAGUCCUGAACAUGAAAAGUAAUUUCACACUAGCCAGAUUAAGAAGAACUGAAUUUAAGAAGUUACAGCAUGAUAGGUGGCAACAAGUGAAAAAACUGUAUAACCAGGAAACAGUUGACUGGACAUCUAAAAAGAAAAACUUAAGAUUCUUUUGCCAAAGCCAGUUUUUCAAAAAUGUGAGUGGGGAAACGAGUGCUAGAAUACCUACGGUCCAGGAGAAAAAUGUAGAAAACCAGCCCACCAAAAACUUGGUAGAAUCUCACAGUAGAAUCUUGCCAUCUGAAACUGAAAUCAGAGAUGCAUUUCUUCAACAGGCAGUGGAAUCGCCUGACUUCAGCACACAUCCUGGUCUAGCAAAUAUUUUUAAAUUGUGUGCAGAAACAAGUGGAGCAAAUUGUAGUGAAGAAAAUACUAUAAAAGAACAGAACCAAGGUAACCUGUGUCGAAGUACAUGGAGACCUAAAACCUUUAAGGAUUGUCGAAUAUUUUUGAGAAAAAUAAACCAUAUUGAGCAGCACAACUCCUUUAAGUUAAAUACUAUCAUUUAUUCUCCUGAGGCUGUUGAAAGUAAGAACAGUCAGCACAGUAUUGAGGAAAAACAAUAUCCAACUUUAAGGUCCCAGUCUGCUAGGCAAGUUGCAUUAAAGAGUCAAGCAAAAGAUGUGGAAACAUGUAGAGGAUCUAAUCCUUCCAAAAUGACUGAAAGCCUGGAUGACCAACUAAACAGCAAAACAUCAAGCAGCGCUAUAAACAAUGAUGCCAAUUCUGCUGAUAGUUCUGAAAUUCAAAACACAAUAAACAAAAGAAAAAGACUACAAUGGGAGACCACUGAUAUGAAUAUCAGAAAAAGGCAUAAGAGACAAUCAAACAGUAAUGAACAAAUGACAAGUUAUUACUCAAAAUACCAGCUAGGGCCUCUUAAUCCUGUUGGACUGUCUUUGCUGGGUGGAUUUGCAAGCAGAGCUGUUGAAUACUCCAUGACCCCAAUUCAAAUGCCACUGCAUGGAAGUACCCAAGCCUAACUUCAAAAGCCAUGUAUUUUCAAGAUGAAUGCAUGCCACAUAGUCCCUGAUAAAUAUGUAAUACUGUGAAUGAACAUGAAACUGAGAAAUCAUUGCUGUCAUUAAGCAGACUGUUUCAGAACUAGAAACGUAAAGCCUUUCUGUAGGUGAUAGAUCAAAUUUAGCAAGUUGCUGUUUGUUUUGCUGUAAGGCAAAAUGUUCCAUCUUGGUUAAGGGAGACUGCAGUUUCACACUGUUUACAUGACAUUGUUGUCAAUGAGCCAUAUCCUCCCUUUCCCAGGGUGUUCUUGCAUUGGAAAUAAAAAACAAGCGUUCACUUGCAGAGCUUCCUUUAAAACAUCCUCUUUGCAGAGCAAGAUUUCGGCAGCUCAGCUAUGGAUCUGUCAAAGUGUUUGGAUCAUAUAAGCCGCAGAUCUUAGGCAUUCAGUGGAGGCUAGAGUUAUCUGUACUGAAGACCUGUACUUCUGCACUGGCUCCUCCCACCUCCUGGCUUUUGGCAAAGCUACUCCUGGGUGACUGCUUUCUCCCUAGAGGAUGGUCAUAACAUCAACGGAAAGAGCAAACAAAUUAAUACUAGUGGUCUUCUGCUCUCUCCCAUGGAGUUGGAGGCUGGCACCCAUUCAACCCCUUUCUACUUGUUCAAGUGGAACAGCUUAUAGAGAGGGCACCAGGGAGAGGAGGGAAUGAUGCAAUGGAGGCGGGAAUCUCAGAUUUCAUACCCAGCGCAGCCACCAACUCUCAGACGGAGUGGAGAAGAGAAUGAGAUCCAGCCUUAGGAUCAUGGUGUAAUCUGCAGCUCUGCUCUUCCCAGCCAAAGGAUGUCUGUGUGGAAGCAUUAAGCAGAACAGUUGUAGACAUUAGAAAUUUUACACAUACAUCCGUUACUUAGAAAACAUGUGUUUAAUGCUUGAACGCCAGAAUGUACAUACUUAGCUUUGGGAAAAAAAAACAUUUUAAGAACUGUGCUGUAAAACCUGCCAAACAAUCGCAACAGGUUUUAUAAAAGAUUUCUUCUCGUAUGUGCAUUAUAGAUUGCAUACUUAAAAAAAAAAAAACUUAAAAUAAAUGUUUCUUAAAUAAC